CACAAAACCUAUCGAUUCAAUCUAACCUGCUGUCGGUGUUGAUUGGCCCACACGUUGUUGGCUUCUCGCUACGAACGUCAGGGCCAUUUGUCCCGCUGCAUGGUCAACAUCAUUCACAACUCGAACUACACUCGAAAUUCACGGGCCAUCUACAGCUUACUCAUUCAAGUGAUUCAAUCCUCAACCUCUCCUCACUCUCGCGAUGGUUAAGAAUCAUGGUCUUUCUGGGUUCAAUGCGGAUAUGUUUGGCCACGGAAAAAAACGGUCCCGAAGAAUCAAAAAAUCCCCCUCACCUGACAUGAACCGUGAAAAAGCGUUGAAGAUCAGUCAAUCUCUUGGUAUAUUGAGGGAUUCAGAAAAUCCUCCCCCGCCUCCCUCUCCCGAACAAGACGAUAACGACGAAAACAACUGGCAAGAUGUAGAUGACGGCGGUGUUGGUGUUGAUAGCCAAAUCAGGCCGGACUCUCCAGGUGAUCAGUAUGCUCGCCAUCAAAAGUCACUCCGACGUGCAGAAGCCCGAGCUAAGGUCCAGCAAAGGUGGAAGGCACUAGAAGCUCAACUCACUGCAUCGUACCUUUACCUUCAACACUACACCCGCCAUUGGACCUCCCAGCCCUCGUUUAACUCAUAUCUUUCUGAUGAGAUUCAAUGCCACAUCAGCAAACACCCGGUCACAUUCUGUGAAUGUGUACCUGAUGUUGUCCGUUUACUUCAUGUGGGUUAUAUAUCCGGCUCGCCUCAACAUCCUCGCACUGCUUUCUCUGUCCGACUUGUGCAAUUCCACCACCACCUCUGGAACAACACAGUUGUAUCAACUACGGGAUUUAUUGAUGCGCUGAUGGAUUUUCUUGAUGAACAAUGCGCUUCAAGAUUGAAACCUCAACAAGUCAGAGGGACUUCCACGAAGAACUUCAAUCGUAUUCUCAGACAUCCUUUUACUCAGGCAAUCGACAUACAUCGCCAAAUUCUCUUGGGCGAGCAAACUCUGUAUGAAGAAGGCCUCGAACUAACUCCACUUGAUAUCUCUGCCGCUCUAUGUUGUCGGUGUUUCGGUCCAGCAGAGGCAGAAGUCAAGUUGUCACCCAAUGAACCGGACUUUAUCAUUGCGAUGGAUGGAAACUUCCAACAUCGGCAUCAAACCCGCGCCAGUAAGGACUCGCCUCAAGAAGACCAAUAUCCCGACUCCUUCAUUCAACCUAGUAAGCUUGAAAAAGAGGUUGUUGCUUGCCAACAAACUGAUGCUCAAGCCCAUAACAUCAAGGCAUACUCUAUGACAUCGGCUGUCACUUUAUGUUGUAUUAUGAUGUUUGAUGAUCUAGCCUGAGACUCAAUAGGCCGCUCGAUCGAUCGAGCGUAUAGAUUUUGGUAUCUGUUUGGUUUAACUGAUUCAAUCAGAGAUGCUUACCUGUCCCUACCUACCUUUGCAACAUCUUCUAGGUAGCCUUUGUUGUUGACACCAUGGAAAAUAGCAGUUUAGAUGAAUAAGUUUUUGAUUUCAUCGGUCGUUGUUCACCAUUAUGAUUUGCUUUGUUCAAGUAAAUCACAUUGGGGUGCUGUAAUAGUCCUCGAUCAUCUGUUCUUGAGUUCCCAACUUACAGAUCAUUACCUCUGACAACCUUGUUCCUCAGGUAUCUUUGCCUCCGUUCUGAUCUUACAUUCUGAUUAUAUUUCUGAUGCUCUUUUCGGGCUUGCUUGUCUGAUUCUGAUUUGGUCCAAUCUUGAUUUUGUCCGAUUAUAUUCUAUGGUUUGGUCUGUUCUCUUCUAUUGUUUCUUGUGCCAGUCCGAUUUCCUUCACAUAAAUGUAGGCUUUAUCUUUAUCC